CAAGGUUUUGAGGUGUAUUUUGAAACAUGGUGUCUGUACUGCUCAAGGUUCCAGAAAGAAGUGUAUAUUUCACAGCUGUUGCUGCACCUCACCUAGAUAUUCGUCUUGGAAGAAUGAGUUGCCAUUCCAUUGUUGCAGUUGCAGAACAUGUGGUGCAUUAUAGCUAGUAGAAAUGCAGGAAACAUGUGAUAUGGAUGUUAUGAAGUGCUAACUUAUAAAACUAGAUGAUGUGAUUAUUCUUGCGAAGCUUGAUGGUCUUGUUCUCCUUGGUAAGAUAUCGAGUAAAGCAGGUUCUGACUAAUGGCUAAAAGGGCAAAAGUGGAUAUACUGAUUUGAUUUAUUAUAGGUCCAGGAAGAAUCUCUUGCUAUUUAUAGCUGUCGAUAUUUUUGAUUUCAUGGGAUUUAAGCAAGGUUGGGAUUGAGCUUAAUACCUAAUCUUUUGCUGACAUACUGCUAAUCAUCUAUUUAACCCCAACAGAAAAGUUGUUAAUAAGAUUUAUGAGGUUUGACUAUUAGGAUCAAUUGAAAUAAUUUAUGUGAGCUUUAAUAAGUAAAAAGAAAAAAUUAUUUGUGUGGCUUCCUACUCGGAGCCUAUUGAGGUGUGGCAAGGGAGGGGUUGGGCACAUAGAUGGAGUGAUUGAAAACUAAGCAACCAUAUUAUUUAAUGUAGGCAUUUCAAUUUGCAGCAAUAUUAUGUAUGAGGUGGUCACUUGCAGACGCAGUCUCAAGUCUUUAACUAUUUAAGAUGUAUAUUCAUUCAUUUGUUCCUCCAGCCAAGCACAUGUUUAUGACUGCAAAUCCCAUUCAUUCACUAGCAAAAGCGAAGCUUUUUUUUUUUUUUGGAAUUUCCAUGAUCAUCAGUGAUUUUUAUCCAGUCCCAUGUGGCUUGAAAAGAAACAAAUUGUUGAAAACGUGAGCAUGAUGGAGGAAUGGAGAUUCGAGACUGAAAAGCAUUGCCCCGAAAAAUUGAACGUCCUCACUCCACAAAAAGGCCAGUUAAUUGCCGUCCCCAGAAACGUUCCAAAGCUAGAAGCUAGUAGAGAAAAGAAAGCAGCAGUGGGCGGUGGCUGGGCCCUACUUGCCUAACUCAGCCAUUAAAGAAUUGCAUUUCCUGCUUAUCCAACCCAUAUGCUGAGAAGUUUAACCCAUCAAGCAUUUGUAAGUGCCAUUUAUCUUUAUAGUGAGUCCAAAACAGCAGAGCUCGCAUGAACAGAGCCUGAUUUCUCUCAAAAUGCCACCAACUCAAGCCCCCACCAACAAGCAGUCAGGCAAGUGAUCUUCGGUGUUUGGGUGGACUUAAGUUACAGUUUUUGAUAAUGGAAUGUCACAAUCAGUCAAUUUCCAUUAAUUUAUAGUGUACAAGUGCAACGUUUCAUUUAAAUCUUGCGCCAAAACCUGGUAGUUACAAAGCAUCUUUUAAUCCGUGAUUUUCCGGGAUUUCUCUCUGUCUGUAUCUCCUAUCUCCGUUUUCCAUCAAUAACAGUGUUCUUCGCAUCCUUGGUAGAAAGACUUCUCCUCUUGCCUUUUCCUCCAACUCAUGGGAACCCUUGUUAGGCCAUUUUCAUCAGCUUUUGCAACCAGGAAGGAUCAUCUACUCUUCCCUUCACCCACUGCUUCAUUUCCUUCUGCAAAACCCCAUUUAAGAACAUCAAGAAGGACUCAUCAAGGAAUCAACAGCAGCAAGUUUGGUAGCUUCCUCGACCUAAAACCAGAGUCGAAACCCGAGUGCUUAGAUUUUGAUCUUUCUUGGUUUAACCCUUCUGAUCGGCCUUGCUUUGAUGUCAUCAUUAUUGGCACUGGCCCAGGCGGUCUCCGGCUCGCCGAGCAAGUGUCUCGCGAUGGAAUCAAGGUAUGUUGUAUUGAUCCUUCACCACUUUCGAUGUGGCCUAACAAUUAUGGUGUCUGGGUUGAUGAGUUUGAGAGCUUGGGGCUUGGGGAUUGUUUGGACAAAACAUGGCCUAUGACUUGUGUCCAUAUUGAUGAUAACAUGACCAAAUAUUUAGACCGGCGUUACGGUAGGGUCUGUAGGAAGAAACUGAAGACAAAGUUAUUUGAGAAUUGCGUCUCCAAUUCAGUUAAAUUCCAUAAAGCUAAGGUUUGGAAAGUGAAACAUGAGGAGUUUGAAUCGGCUGUUGAGUGUGAUGAUGGUAGUGAGCUUAAGGCAAGCUUAAUUGUUGAUGCUAGUGGGUUUGCUAGCAGUUUUAUAGAGUAUGAUAAGCCUAGGAACCAUGGAUAUCAGAUUGCUCAUGGUAUUUUGGCUGAAGUUGAUAAUCAUCCUUUUGACUUGGAUAAGAUGGUUCUCAUGGAUUGGAGAGAUUCCCAUUUGGGAAAUGAACCUUAUUUACGAGCUAACAAUUCAAAAAUUCCAACUUUUCUAUAUGCAAUGCCAUUUGAUUCAAGCUUAAUAUUUUUGGAAGAGACAUCUCUGGUUAGUCGGCCGGUACUAUCUUACAUGGAGAUUAAGAAAAGGAUGGUAGCAAGGCUAAGACAUCUAGGAAUUAGAGUUAAGAGAGUGAUAGAAGAUGAAAAGUGUUUGAUUCCAAUGGGUGGUCCUCUCCCUAGAAUCCCUCAAAAUGUGAUGGCUAUAGGUGGGAUUUCUGGGGUAGUCCAUCCUUCAACAGGGUACAUGGUGGCUCGGACAAUGGCUUUAGCCCCGGUCGUGGCUGAAGCUAUUGCAGAAUGCCUUGGUUCAACAAGAAUGAUUAGAGGAAAGCCACUUUAUCACAAAGUUUGGAAUGGAUUGUGGCCACUCGAGAGGAGAAGUACAAGAGAGUUUUGCUGUUUUGGUAUGGAAACUCUAUUGAAGCUUGACUUGAGGGGAACCAGGGGUUUCUUUCAAGCUUUCUUUGAUCUGGAUCCUUACUUUUGGCAUGGGUUCCUCUCCUCAAGGCUCUCUCUUACUGAACUUGCUUGGCUUACCGCCUCUCUGUUUGGACAUGCCUCAAAUCCUUCCAGGCUUGAUAUUGUUUCAAAAUGCCCUGUCCCUCUGGUUAGAAUGUUGGGGAAUCUAGCUCUAGAAACCAUUUAGUGAUGGAACAUUGAAGAAUGAUGGCAAGUUUUUCGUUUAGGGUCUUGCUGAUCCCUGUUUUCUUGCUUUCUUUCCUUUCUUUCUCCCUUCUUUUAAUGAAGUCAAAUUUGAAAGAAUGGUUGUAGUAAUACCCAUCAGGGAGUUCAUCACGAUGCAGCAUCAAAAUACGACCCUAUCCCAUGAGAUUAUUCUGUAAAAAAUAAGUUACUGAUGUGAACUGUAAACGUUGCAAAAAUAAUUUCUUUCAAUGCCCUUCAGAGUCUUUCUAGCUCUCCAUGGCAGAUCAUCUCCGUCUUGAAGAUUGUUUUGCUGUCUUCGCCAUAGCUACACCAGUAGGCUGUAGCCUUCCUUACAGCAAUAAUGCCCAUAAGCACCUUUGUCAUGGUCAUUGACGCAUCAGCAUUGAGCUACCAACAUAUAUUUUCUUUCUAUUACAUUUCUAUUCAUAUAAAAUUUUGAAUAAUUCCACACGGUUUAUGAUUGUAAUCGAAUAAUAAUAAUAAUAAUAAAUAUAAGAAUUAUAGCUAAUAAUUUGAUAUGUUUCUAAUCUAUCUCACUUUAACCUUUGACUAC